CAGAUGGCUGCAGCCUCCCUUCUUUACUUUCACUACGGUCUCUGUCUCUUUACCAAAUAUCAGCCUCAGCAUCAGGACUCUUCGAGGGCAAAGACUGACAAGUUGCAGACUCAAAAACCGUUCAGGUAGGCUGGAGUAAACAAAGCGGACCCCCCACCCCCCACCCCCACACCACGUCGGCUGGAUUUCAAUGGAUCAUCAACCGACGGACAGUUAAAUGAAAGACAUAGUAUGAACCAAAAUAUCGGAGUAAGCACGGAGCUACAUUCAGUCUUAAUUUUUGUCGUUGUUCUGUAUUAUGAGCAGACGGCAGUGUGGAGAAGGUAGUCCUGCCCAGAAAGGAGGAGGAGUAGGAGAAACGCAAAAGGGUGUCGACGGAGAUAGGCAGGGGUGGAGGAGAAGAGGAGGGGAGGAACGGAGGAUAAAUAAUAGAGUAGGCUAAUAUUUCAAGAUUCUAAUAAUGGCGGCUAAAUCAGACGGGGUACUAAAGAUGAAGAAGAGCGACGUGGCCUUCACCCCCCUGCAGAACUCAGAGCACUCUGGCUCGGUGCAGGGACUCCACCCGGGCGGCCAGCCCGAGUCUGCGGGCACUGGGGACGGUGACUUUGCCAACGGGGAGUCGCGGUGCUGUGGUGGUGGAAACUCCAACUCGACGUGCCUUCGACUGGGAAGGGAGCAGCAGAAAUACACAGUGUGGGACGGCUUGUGGAUCGUAGCGGCCGUAGUAGUGUAUCUGGCAGAUGUGGGCACCGACGUGUGGCUAUCGGCCGACUACUACCUCCGACGCGACUACUGGUGGUUCGGCCUGACGCUUUUCUUCGUGGUGCUGGGCUCCUUCUCGGUGCAGCUCUUUAGCUUCAGAUGGUUUGUUCAUGACUUCAGCACCGACGACAGCGCCGAUUCUGCCGCUGAUUGCUCCCACAUGGAUGGGAAUAAGCUGCUGAGCGGCUCGGCCUCACAUGGGGACGUUACCGCUCAACAUCACCCAGCCACGCCGCAGAGACAGGCGUCGACCGCUAGCAAGAACACCACGACCAACAGCACCGCGAGUACCGCCCUGGGCGGCAGAUAUAGAAAACGAUCAGCCUACUACUCUUUCUGCGUCUGGUUCGGCCAAUCCGUCAUCCACAUCCUUCAGUUGGGCCAGAUAUGGAGGUAUUUCCAUACUAUAUACCUGGGCAUUCGGAGUCGUCAGAGUGCUGAGACAGAGCGUUGGCGUUACUACUGGAGAAUGGUGUAUCAGUUUGCAGAUGUGAGCAUGUUGCAUCUAUUGGCCACCUUUUUGGAGAGCGCUCCACAACUGGUGCUGCAACUGUGCAUCAUCAUACAGACACACAAGCUUCAAGCUGUCCAAGGUAUGACAGCAGCAGCCUCUCUCGUCUCUCUGGCCUGGGCUUUGGCCUCCUACCAGAAGGCACUGCGAGAAUCUCGGGAUGACAAGAAGCCCAUCAGCUACCUGGCUGUCAUAAUUCAGUUCUGCUGGCACUUCUUCACCAUAGCAGCCAGAGUCAUCACUUUUGCACUGUUUGCCUCGGUGUUCCAACUCUAUUUUGGCAUCUUUAUUGUUCUGCAUUGGUGCAUCAUGACCUUCUGGAUUGUCCACUGCGAGACAGACUUCUGUAUCAGCAAGUGGGAGGAGAUUGUGUUUGACAUGGUGGUGGGCAUAAUCUACAUCUUUUCCUGGUUCAACGUCAAAGAGGGACGAACAAGAUGUCGGCUUUUCAUCUAUUACCUGGUGAUCCUGGUGGAGAAUGCUGCUCUCAGUGCGUUGUGGUAUCUCUACCGAUUACCUCAUACCACUGACGCCUUUGCUGUGCCAGCCCUCUGUGUUAUUUAUAGCAGUUUCCUUACUGGUGUGGUUUUCAUGCUAAUGUACUAUGCCUUUUUCCAUCCCAAUGGGCCCCGCUUUGGACGUUCACCAAGUGUCCAAGGCCUCGACCUAGACCCCACUGCUCAGUUCUCCACACUACCAUCUGAAGGGGCCACCAACUCACUGCGCUCCAACCGAGGUGCCAUUACAACCCUGGAGCGUGACAUGGGAAAGUAUUCUGAGCGGGACGGCUGCAUGCCGGUGUUUCAGGUCCGACCCACAGUGCCGUCUACACCAUCAUCUCGCGCUCCACGCUUUGAAGAGACCGUCAUUAAGAUUGACCUUUGCAGGAAUCGUUACCCUGCCUGGGAGCGUCAUGUCCUUGACCGAAGUAUACGCAAAGCAAUCCUGGCCAUAGACUGCUCCCUGACUCCUCCACGGCUGCAGUACAAAGAUGAUGCUCUGGUGCAAGAGCGGUUGGAAUAUGAGACCACGUUAUAGGUCUGCCCUGCUCUCAGGACCCAUACAGGGAUGCAGCAUCAGAGGGUUAUCCUGAUAUUACAUAAACAACAACAGGGACUAUGGCAAUAAGAAUUUAUUACUAGCAACAAUGUCACUCCUCAAUUUACAUUUCCCUUUUUCUUUUUAUUAUCCAACAUUAGUGCCCACCCAGGAGCAUUCAGGACUGUUGAUAGUGACUGGGGGAGUGGUUUGGCACAGGUUUAUGUCACAGAUGUGUUUGGAUUGUUUGUUGUGCUGUUGGUACUAGACAAGAAAAUCCUGUCAGGGAUACCAGAAAGGGAUACCAGAAUAGGCAUUUUGUCAAUACCUGCCUGGUAUGAACUAAAUGCAGAAAAGUAGCAGAGUGCUUUGAGAUUCUGGUUAAACCCAACAAGAGACUGAUGUAGGACUAAGGAUAAAAUAAGAUGUCCAUCAUUAGAUAUUUUACUUUACCCCACAUAACACCUGAAUUUAAUUUGCAUUGCUCCAAUGUCAUGUGGACAGGAAGUGAUUCCUCAUUUACUAACAGUAGAAACCUGAAAUUGUUGUAUCUGUAUUGAUGUGUUAGUAUCCUACUGUUUGGAAGUACUGAUGAUGUGAUCCCAUACCAGCCACAACCGGGUAUGUACUUCCAUUACUUCCAUCAAUAUCUCCAUGAUAAAACUCAUCACUCCCACUCUCAAUGUGCCAAAAAGAUUCCUUGGAAACUUCCUCUGGUUCUGAUGAACAACUUAAGGAUGACAGGUCCCAAAAGUUCUUCUCUGGCCUAAACCAUUCAUUCUCCUUGGAUAAUUCUUAUCUACAUUGAAAGUAGGUCAGGCAGAAAGUGGACUAAGAGGCCAAAGUAGCAUCUAUACACAUUCUGUCUAUUGUGUUUGGAUUAAAUCAGCCAAACCUGGCAGGAUGGAAGAAAAGGGAGCAAGAAAAAUGGAGUGGAAGUUGAACAGACACAAGCUCACAGUCCUUCUCCCAUAAUGAAAAAGGUCAAAAUCAUACAAUGCCAAGAAAAAUCUUCCUGGCAGCUCAAGUCAGGUAUGUGCAGUCCAGCCUCAUAAACCUGGCUGUGGAAUGACAAUGAUCUUGGUUUGUCCAUGGAGGAGAGCAAAAAGGAGAGCAAAUUGCCAGACAAUGAAUAGGUGAAGACAGGAGAGAAAGAUACAGGAAAUGGAAACAAGUUGAGGAUAAAGAAGAAAGAAAACACAGACAAGCAGCCAUCUCAGCCAAACUAAUCAACCGCCAGGAUAUGUACAGUACUCUGAUACAACAUGCAGCAUUUUUUUUACUUUAGCAAUUACGUAGAAGGUACUGAAAUCAUUGUAAUUCUGUUUCUUUUGUGGAUAAAUGUGUGUGUAUUGGCAAUAUGUUGUGUUUGCGUGUGUGUGUGUGUGUGUGUGUGUGUGUGUGUGUGUGUGUGUGUGUGUGUGUGUGUGUGUGUGUGUGUGCGUGUGCGCGUUUGUGCAUGUGUGUGCAUGAGUGUGGAGUGGUGUGUGGACAAUAGAAGUAGCUCAGGAGGAAAUGUGAGUGGAUGCUUGAAUAUGCACUUUACUGUAAUCAGUCAGUGAAGGUACAUGUUGGCACAUCAUCUUCUAGGAAAAGGGUUCCUGGUUUUGUUUUCCACCUGACCCAAUGACAUCUUUUAAUGUUUCAACACAACAUGACAACCAAGCCACACAACACAAGUGUGUCACUAUGAAAGUUGAGACAGGAUUCUCCUACCACAUAACAUGGUUUGUCAGAUUUGAAAGGUUUCACGAGAAUGGAAAAAAUAAACAAACAAAAAAACAGUAUUAUGCAGAGGUAGAUUUUGCCUUUCAAAAAAAAGACUUAAUGCAAAUGAUGGGAGAUAGAAACGUCUUUUUAGAAAAAGUUAUAACAUAGCAAACACUGACUGAUAUACACUUCCAGUCAAAAGAAUGACAAAGUGUUUCCAAACUUUUGACUGGUAGUACAGGGUGAUACAAAAAAAUGGGAACUUUUUAACAAUCCAAUAAAACCAAGAGUGAUGGAAGAAAAAUAUUUUAUUCAUAGUAAUUGAAACCUUAAAACAUGCCAUUUAAGAAACAAUGAUGGAAUUUUCAUUUUUUAAAAAUUUCUUCCUGUAGAUGGCGUCCUCAUGUAAGAAUGAAUUCUUGAAAGCUGCUGUUGAGAUUCCUCAUUGACCGCUGCAACAUCUCAGCUGGGAUACUGUGAAUUUCAUCCUGAAUUCUCUGUUUUAAUUCAUCCAGAGUUCUUGGUCGAGUCGUGUACACUUUACUCUUGAGAUAGCCCCAGGUAGAUUUCAAGAAUGCAUUCGUACAGGAGGACGCCAUCUACAGGAAGUAAUCUUUAAAAAAUGAAAAUUUCAUCAUUGUUUCUUAAAUAGCAUGUUUUAAGGUUUCAAUUACUAUUGGAUUGUUAAAUAGUUCCCAUUUUUUGUGUCACCCUGUAUAACUGGUCUUUUUUUUCACAUCUUACAUUAUCUUUUUUGUGAGAAGCAUGAAACAUGAUCAAUGCCAGCAGACAUAAAAGAAAAAAUGCAAUUUGAAACUAUUUCUAAAGAGCUCUCUCCAUUUUUAUUGUGUAGAUGACCAAAAUUUUGUUUGUUCCUUCUUCUCUGAAGAAGAUAUCUAGCUUCUCAUUCACAGCAAGGCACUGGAAUAAUGCUAUCACAGUUUUCUAUUUAUUACUUCUGCCCCUCAGAUGCAAAAUGUUCAGAUUUAUCUCCAACCUGUCAACAGCAAAAGACCAAAGCAAAAAGAGACAGUCAGAUGUUUCAAGUGUGACAUCUGAUCAGGACAACUUCAACCUGUUUUCUUGAUCAGGUGUCACACUGUUUAGCCACAACAUGUAAACCGCAUGCCAUCAAGCAGUUCUGACUCAUUAAGACAUGGACUCUUGUGGCAUUAGGCCAACUGUUAGCAGCAGAUCUUUACAGUUCUGUAUGUUGCAAGGUGGGGCCUCAAUGAAUCAAAUUUUUUUUUCCUUGCACACUCACCAAGACUUUUACCAAACUGAGAUCUGUGGAAUUUUGAGGCCAAGUAAACAUGUUAAACACCUUGUAUUCUUCCCCAAACCGUUUCUGAACAAUUUCCUGCACACUGUGUGGACGCAAUAUCCUGCGUAAAGAGACCACUGCAAAGAAAAGGUGUACAGGUACAAGGCUGGCUUACCUUCUUCCCACAGUAAUAAUGCUUAUAAAUUUUUCCUAAGUAAAUGGUACAUAGACAUUUGGCCAUUCACAUGGUGCAAAACAAAUGGACUCCUCAGACCAGGUUACCUAGCAGGUUACAACAAAGUCACAACUUGGCCAAAAGCCUGAACAUCCCCAGUUAUCUGAUUCAGAGAGACUGAGAUGGCAGAAAGAAUGGAGAGCUGUGCCAUCUCCACCAGCCUCACCCUACCAGCCCAAACAACUUGAUUUCAGGAAAUACCUGGAGAUCAUGACGUCCUCACACAGAUGGGCUGUCAGCUAAACCCACCAUAUUAAGAGUCAAGGCAGUGCUAUUCAGAUGGUAACAGUGUGUCUGUUCUGGUUAGCUUUUGUAAUUUGUGAUGUCACAAGUGCAUUUAUUUAUUUAUUUAUUUAUUUUCUUAUUUUCUUAUUUUCUUUCUAAGGUUAGAAAGAGAAAGUAAAAGCACAAAAGCAAGUGAAGAUAAUUUUACAGACACCUUUCCAUCCUGCUCAAACAAACAAGCCUUGUGUUUGAAUUCUGAAUUAUGUUUUGUUGUAUUACAGAAGAACGCAGAACAGAAUACUAUAUAUGAUUCAUAUUAGAGCGGAAGCAUAAGUCACUUUAAACUUUCACUUAAUUUUUUACUUACUGCUUAUUUAUCAUGUUUGUCAUCAUGUAGCUGAGUGUGUAACUGUGUGCUCUCAUCAGAGGUGCAUGCAGUGUUACUGUUUUGAGGAGUUUUUAGAGGACAGUUUAAAAAAACAGCUGCUCCAGCAAUUUAUUUUUAUUUUAUUUAUUUACCUUUUAUACAAAUUUGAAUUUGGUGUAUUUAAAAAGGAGCUGCACUGAUUUUACACAUCAGUGUGCUUAAAGGUGUUCAGAUGUAACAGUGUUAAUGUGAAAAAGUUUUAAACAUAAGGUCUUUUGUGACUCCAGUGGAAGCACAAUAUUGGAGAAAUAUCCUGAAGGGAUGUCACUAGAGCCAAUAUUGGACCUAUGACUAAAAGUCUGAAAAAUAAUUGAAUCACUUAUUUUGAAAGAGGAGAUUUUCUGAGACUUCUGUAGCCUGCAGUUUGUCUCUGUUGCAGGCUCUGUUAUCUAUUGCGAACAUGAUAUUUGUGAAGUUCUGACUGAACUGUCAGUGGUUGAGUGUCAUUGUGGGUAAUAUAGACAGCAGAGGGUUUUGUUGUACAUUUAAUUGGAUUUCUGUGUGUUCAUUUUCAAAUAGAAAAAGCAUGGGUUUCUGAAUGACACAAUACUGUUAAAGUUAAUGAAAGGCACACUUCAUAAGUCUGCAUUUACAAAGCUCUUUAGGAGCUGUCUAGGUAACAGACCAAGUUGCCCCCCCCCCCCCCCCCCCAAAAAAAAAAAAAAAAAAAAAAUCACUCAGUCUGAAUUCAUUAAUUCAUCAGCAAAUUUUGACAUAAUAUAAAUUGUUGAUGACAGGAGGUCAAGAAUUUAGAAUUCAAUAGAAAGUGUUAAGGUCAGUGGUAUCACACUGGACUAUACCAUUCUUCAGUAAAAUAGAUCCAGCAGGAGAUUGUCUCUAUUGUUAGUAAAACUCACAAGGAUUUGUGGGGAAAAAAUGUUUUAAACAUUUCAGAUCUUUAUAAAAAGCAAAAAGCAAUGGCAUUGGUGUAUACACUUAUUCAUUCACUUGGCCAGUUUCUUGAUGCUAAAAUGAAUCAGUAACUGAAUAAUGGACAACAAAGACAUAUGAAGUUUGAAAAGCAGAUUUCCUUUGUAAAUGGUCUGUACUUAUAUAGCAUCUUUUUCACCUUUGCUAGGUUUUACAAAACAUUUUACAAUGUGUUUCUCAUUCACUCACAAACAAUUUGCAUGACAACAGAGCUGUCAUGCAAAGUGCUUAUGUAUGUGUAGCCUACUCUGUGUAAAGCAGCCUUAUAUUAUUUUCAAGAUACAUCAAAACAUUUUAUCUACAUUUAUUUUCAGGGUCUCCUAAAUCCAGUGUAGCCUUUGCAACACAUCACCAUUUCCUGAACUAACUCAUAAUAUAUAGUAAUUUGUGUUAUCGUAGAGCUACCUCAGUUUGCUUGAUGAACAGAACACCCAUUCAUUGGCAUUGCAUCUACUUCUGUAACAAAGAUGACACUAAAAAUACAUUUUCCAAAAUCAAAUUGAAAAUUCAAUUGACAAACCAUUUUCAGUCCUCCAAAGAAUGAUGCCAAUGAAAAGGCAGUUUUUCCCUUAUUGAAUAGGCUCACAAUUUGUUUUCAAUUUGGCAAUAAUUAUAAAAGCUGUAUUAAAAAAAAUGCAUUUCUUCUUUUUUAUGUCAUGCACAUUACAGUACUAAACUACUGUGCAGUGUUUUACAGUACUGAGUCCUUGGAUUAACAUUUAAUCAACUCUAAUUUAGUGUUUAAUAAAAACAACCACUGCAGCAGGAGGACUGAUCUGGCUUGUUUCUAUAUUUAAAGCAAUGAUUUUGUUUAAUUUCACUGUUGAAACAAAAAAUGGGAUGAGGUGCUGUCAAAAAAGGGAAUCUUCCAUUAAGGUUUCACAGGUGCUUAUCAAACAUUGGACUGGUAGUGGGUAUCUUGCUAACUGCAGGAAGUGUAUCAGAGGCAGGAUGUGACACAUCAACAGACCUCUCUCACUCUGGUCAUAGAGUGAGUACAGAAAGUAUUCAGACCCCUUGAAAUUUUUCACUCUCUGUGUCGUUGCAGCCAUUUGCCAAAAUCAAAAAAGUUCAUUUUAUUUCUCAUCAAUGUACACUCAGCACCCCAUCUUGACAGAAAAAAACAGAAAUGUAGAAAUUUUUGCAAUUUUUUUUAAAAAAGAAAAACUGAAAUAUCACAUGGUCAGAAGUAUUCAGACCCUUUGCAGCGACAUUCAUAUUUAACUCACAUGCUGUCCAUUUCUUCUGAUCCUCCUCCCGAUGGUUCUGCUUCUUUAUUGGAGUCCAGCUGUGUUUAAUUAAACUGAUUGGACUUGAUUAGGAAAGGCACACACCUGUCUAUAUAAGACCUUACAGCUCACAGUGCAUGUCAGAGCAAAUGAGAAUCAUGAGGUGGAAGGAACUGCCCAAGGAGCUCAAAGACAGAAUUGUGGCAAGGCACAGAUCUGGCCAAGGUUACAAAAGAAUUUCUGCAGCAUUCAAGGUUCCUAAGAGCACAGUGGCCUCCAUAAUCCUCAAAUGGAAGAAGUUUGGGACGACCACAACUCUUCCUAGACCUGGCCGUCCAGCCAAACUGAGCAAUGGUGGGAGAAGAGCCUUGGUGAGAGAGGUAAAGAAGAACCCAAAGAUCACUGUGGCUGAGCUCCAGAGAUGCAGUCGGGAGAUAGGAGAAAGUUCCACAAAGUCAACUAUCACUGCAGCCCUCCACCAGUCGGGGCUUUAUGGCAGAGCGGCCCGACGGAAGCCUCUCCUCAGUGCAAGACACAUGAAAGCCCGCGUAGAGUUUGCCAGAAAGCACAUGAAGGACUCCCAGACUAUGAGAAAUAAGAUUCUCUGGUCUGAUGAGACCAAGAUUGAACUUUUUGGUGUUAAUUCUAAGCGGUAUGUGUGGAGAAAACCAGGCACUGCUCAUCACCUGCCCAAUACAAUCCCUACAGUGAAACAUGGUGGGGGUGUUUUUCAGCUGCAGGGACAGGAAGACUGGUUGCAAUUGAAGGAAGGAUGAAUGCGGCCAAGUACAGAGAUAUCCUGGAGGAAAACCUCUUCCAGAGUGCUCAGGACCUCAGACUGGGCCGAAGGUUCACCUUUCAACAGGACAAUGACCCUAAGCACACAGCUAAAAUAACAAAGGAGUGGCUUCAGAACAACUCUGUGACCGUUCUUGACUGGCCCAGCCAGAGCCCUGACCUAAACCCAAUUGAGCAUCUCUGGAGAGACCUCGAACUGGCUGUCCACCAACGUUCACCAUCCAACCUGACAGAACUGGAGAGGAUCUGCAAGGAAGAAUGGCAGGUUUUUCCAGGUGUGAAAAACUUGUUGCGUCAUUCCCAAGAAGACUCAUGGCUAUACUAGCUGAAAAGGGUGCUUCUACUCAAUACUGAGCACAGGGUCUGAAUACUUAUGACCAUGUGAUAUUUCAGUAUUUCUUUUUUAAUAAAUUUUCAAACAUUUCUACAUUUCUGUUUUUUUUCUGUCAAGAUGGGGUGCUGAGUGUACAUUAAUGAGAAAUAAAAUGAACUUUUUUGAUUUUGGUAAAUGGCUGCAAUGACACAGAGAGUGAAACAUUUCAAGGGGUCUGAAUACUUUCCAUACCCACUGUAACUCUAAAAAGCUGCUUUCUAUGUUUUGUUUGCCUUAAAGAAAAUAUAGUUCUGUUUUUGACUUUAUUUCAAACACAUUACUCAUGUUAGGAUAUUGUUUGUCUGAAAGCACUGCUGAAUUUUCUGAUUAACUUGGUUUGUGUGUGUGCAUGUGUGAAGUGGUGUGUAUGCUGUUUUCUCACAAUCACGUGUCAACAGUAGUUACUGUGCUUAUACUAGGACUGCACCACUGCCCAAUUAGGAGGUUGUGUAGACCUCAGCACUCUGGGUCUAAUGAAAGGCUUUGUGUCCAGCAUGGUUGACUGCUGAUUCCCUGUGCUUGUCACACAAAGCAUCAGUUGUGACUGUAAUACAGAAAAGCAUAACCAGUGAGAGAAGCACAACACAUAAAAAACAUUUACUGUUGUGUUCCUAUUGUUUCUUAGUGGCUGUUUGAAAAAACAUUAUCAACCAGUUAAUUUACCUCUUGAUUGUUUUUGGACCAUUUAGAUGUAUUUGGGGGUUACAUAAUCAUCUCUAACCAUUAAGGAUAUAAUAAUAUGUGGGUGGUACAAUAUUAAAAUAAUCUUAGCACAAAGUCAAAACUUUAAUUAGUUUCAUUAUCCAAAAAAUAGCUACUGAUGUGAAGAAAGACAAUAGAAAAACAUUUUAGAGUGUGGCAGGAGUGGUAAAGAGGUAUUACAUGCAACAACAAUGACUCACAAACAGUCAACAUUGGUUCUUUUUUUUAAUGAGCACAAUCUUUCUUUCACCAAAAACAAACAGUUUUAGUUACCUAAAAGUAACUAAAGUUCACACAGAUCAGAAAAUGUCAUAUGUAUUAUUUUAAAAGGUGCUGAAGUACAUCUAUAUCUCCACAGGAAAACUGUAGAUAGCUAGCAAUGACAAAAAUUGCAGUUAUUCCACAAUCACACCACUCUGCUAAGAAAGUCAGUACACUGCAGUAAUAUUGAUACCCUUUGUCCCUCCCUGAGAUGUGAAUGGCAGUGUUUCUUGUGAGCAUCUUGGAGGUCAGCCCAUCUCUGUGCAUCAACUGUAAUGGAUCAAAGCUCUGCUGCAGCAGUCUGUAGAUUAAUGCCAAACAGACUUUGUUGCCUACUAGACAAAAAAAGUUCUCUAUUUGGAUGGUCAGGUCAAGAUCUACAAGAGUUUCAGACUAUCCAGCCUUAGUACAAGCACAGUAACCAGCAGAUGAAUAAUAGUAGAAUUUCAGUCACACUUGUAUAAUCAUUCUGUACAGAUGUAUGUUUAGAGAAUGGGUUUAUGGAGUACCACAGACAUUGAUCUGAUCAGUUCAAAUGCUUAUCUGUAAAUAAAUGUAUGCAAAGUGUAUAUGUCAAAAAAGAACAUUCCUCUCUUUCUGAGUUCUGACUGUGAAGGGUGUCUUUAGAGGUUUGAUGCCACUGUGAUGGCUGUAACUAUGACAAUAUACUACAAAUAAAAAAAAAGAUAUAUGUGGUGUAUGUGGUGUAUUUUUAAAAAAGAUACAGAUGUUUAACACAAAAAAACAUUGGUCUUUUCGGUAAGUGGAAUUGUGUGAUGAAAGUCUGAAGCGCUAAGCGUUCAACAUUUUAGUGUAAAAAUAAAUAAAGAGUGAUAAAAUGAUGAAAAUUACAUUUUUGUAUAUAUUGGAUUUUUUGUAAAUUUUUAUUUGAAUUUAAUGCAACACAAACUACCCAAAUUCAUUUAAUAAAGUACACUGUGGUCAUUUU